CUCCCCGUCAGUACUCCACACCUAAUAAUCUCUCCUUAUUUUGAGUUGGGCGAUGCGAAAAUUGAGGUGCAACAUCCAAAUUUCCAAAAAUAAAUUUCACAGAUGUGUCCGUAGACGUUUCAUGAAGGUUGGUUCUUGUCGACUAGGGUUUUUGGGAGCCGGGCAUGGCAGAUGAGGAAAAUGAAAGAAGACCUGCAACUAUGGAUCUGAAUCUUUGUCUUUGCCUUCCACGUUCUCGUCGCGGUCGCAUUCUUGAAUUGGGCUCCGAUCUGUCUUUAAGCCCGUUGCCACUGCCGGGUUCCUCUCAUUCCAGCGAAAGCCGUGCUCCUGAGGCAACCUCCGCGGAGAUGGAGGCGUCGGCAUCUCACGCUCCUCACUCCCCUUCCCAUGCUUUCAUUGCGGAAGCUGACGUUCCAUCAGCUGGUCCCUGGCAACCGGCUGUUGAAGAUACCAUUCCCCCUCGCUGUCUUGGUUAUGAACCUUACGAACCUACCUGUGCUCAGGAGACCGAAGGACCAAUCAUUCUAUAUUCUCCAUCAAACGCUCAGGUUUUGCAGACCGAUCAAGUGGUUGUUGAACCAGCGGAGAGAGAUGGGGAGUACGAUGCCUCAAUUGACGAUAUAUUGGGGCUCCGUUUCGUUGAUGAUAAUUCAGCUCGGGACGACGCUUCUCAAACGCCAUACUCCCCUUCGUAUAAUCCAACCUCAGCAGAUUCCCACGAUGAUGACGAAAAUUUUGAUACUAUCCUUUCUCUUCUAUCACAAAAUCGCAGUGAACUAUAUUCUAGAGCUGAUGGGUCCUCAUCACAGCAGGACCUGCUUCAGUGUCCUGAUCGGAUUCGAAGGUUGAUUGAAUCCCAUGGUUGGAGGGAAAGUUCUCUUAGGCAAUCGCUUUCACGCCGCUCUGAAAGAACAGAUUUUGCUCGACAUUCUUUACCUAGUCCCGAACAGUUGAUGCUAGAAAUAAUGAAUCCACAGCAGUCCUUAGCCACAACUGGGAAGCAGAAGGCUCCUGCUGAAGUUGCUACCUCAGAGAGCUCUGAGAAAGAAGCAGAGGAAAAAAAUAAAUGCGCAACUAACUUCGACUGUUAUAUCUGCUUUGAUAUAGCCAAGGAACCUGUUGUCACGUCAUGUGGCCAUCUCUUUUGCUGGCCUUGCUUAUAUCAAUGGCUUCAUGUCCAUUCUGACGAUAAGGAAUGUCCAGUUUGUAAGGGAGAGGUAAGUGAAGCUAUUGUAACUCCUAUAUAUGGGAGAGGGUGCUCGAGAUCUGAUAUUGAAAAUAAAGAUGAAGAAAACAGUGCAUCAGGCCUCUCAAUUCCUCCAAGGCCCCGUGGCAAUCGGCGUGAAAGUUGGAGGCAGCAUUUCUACUCAAUUUCGCAAAGAGUUGCAGAAGGAAUUACAUACUCUUGGACCAGUUUUCUAAAUUAUCAGAUACCCAUUAUGACUACGUCUGUGGUCAGAACAGUUGAGAGGGAAGGGGGGAUUACUUUAGGCGGAGCAAGCACUGCGGAAAGAAGAUUUCCAAGCGAUGUUGCAUCUGUUCUAAGAGAUGGCGGAACAGAGUCCAUUCACAAUGAAAUUGAUGCUUGUUUUCUUGCUAAUGAUAGUUUGAGUGCCAUGGAUUCUGAUAUUGGAAGAGCAAUUGAAAGAUUUAUAGAAAAUACCAAUUUCUAUGGAUCAUCCUCAUCUUUUAAUGCACUAGAUGCUGGGGCAAGAACGGCUGCUGAUCAGGCACCUGCUUCAAGUACCGUGGCAGUGAUAAGUGGUGAAAGCUCUGCUAGAGAUGCCUCAGCAGAACCUAACAACGCUGGAUCUUCUAGACCAUACAGAAGAAUAGAAGGAAGCAUUUCUUCUGGCUCUUCUGAUGAUGGAGGAAGCCUUCAUGCUUGCAAGAGGAGAAGGCUUCACUAAUCAUGUCUAUGUUUAUGUUCUAUUAUUUAUUUUGCAAUGUUCAUAGAUUUUGUUCUUAAAUUGUUUAUAGUGUCAGUGUUUUUCAUUGAAAAUCUUCUGUACUUAGCAACUCGUGACAUUUUAUCAAUUUUAAUGAGUUUUCUUGUAUUA